AUGUCUUUCUACAGCCAGCAGCUCAGCUCCCGCUGCUCCCCACCCUGUGAGGUGAGCUGCCCGCAGCCCAUCGCCAACGCCUGGAGCCAGCCCUGCGUCACGUCCUGCGGGGACUCGCGUGCUGUGGUCUACCCACCCCCUGUGGUCAUCACCUUCCCAGGCCCCAUCCUCAGCUCCUGCCCUCAGGAGAGCAUCGUGGGCUCCUCAUCCCCCCUGGGGCUGGAGCGGCCCAGGGGGCUGGAGUGGCCCAGAGGUCUGCAGGGCUCUCUUGUCUAUGGGGGCUACUUGUCCUCCUCAUCUUCCUCCUCUUGGAGCCAGCGCUACGGGGGCUGCAGGCCAUGCUAA